GAUUGGUAAGGGCUCGCGCGGACACCAUGAAGUCCAUCUUCUACAGCCGCUUCUUCAUCCUGCUGCCGUGGGUCCUCAUCGUCAUCAUCGUGAUGGACAUCGACACGAAGCGCUCGUCUGUCCGCAGCACGGCCGGCUCGUACCUGGCGCGCCUCGGGGACGCGCAGCGCCGCGAGCGUCCGGCACACGCGGCUCCCGCCGGCGCGAACCGCACGGCGCUGCUGCCCCUCAUCUACGCCGUCACGCCCACGUACAGCAGGGCGGUGCAGAAAGCCGAGCUCACGCGCCUCGCCAACACCUUCCGCCAGGUGCCCCGCUUCCACUGGGUCGUGGUGGAGGACGCGAGCGCGCGCACCGAGCUGGUGGCACACUUCCUCGCGCGCUGCGGUGUGCCCUACACGCAUCUACACGCGCUCACGCCGCGCCGAUUCAAGCGCAGCGGCAUGCCGCGCGCCACCGAGCAGAGGAACGCGGCGCUGGGCUGGCUGCGCACGCACCGAGCCACGCGCGAGCCCGGAGUGGUGUUCUUCGCCGACGACGACAACACGUACAGCCUCGAGCUGUUCGAAGAGGUAACACGGGAUUGUGCCAAAGGCGAAGGCAGCUGGGAGAGACGGGAAAGGGUGCAGAUGCGGUCAACCAAGGGGGUGUCUGUGUGGCCGGUGGGGCUGGUGGGAGGCCGCAGGUAUGAGCGUCCCAUUGUAGAAAAUGGCAAAGUGGUGGGCUGGUACACAGGCUGGAGGGCUGACAGACCUUUUGCUAUUGACAUGGCAGGCUUUGCAGUGAACUUGCAGGUGAUCCUUGCUAACCCACGAGCCCUGUUCAAGAGGAGAGGAGCCAAGCCAGGCAUGCAGGAGUCUGAUUUCCUUAAACAGAUCACCAAGGUGGAGGACCUGGAGCCAAAAGCUAAAAACUGCACUCAGGUCCUGGUGUGGCACACCCGCACAGAGAAGGUCAACCUGGGCAAUGAACCCAAGCGGCAUCAAGACUCGCUAAUGAUCGAGGUCUAGUAGACAGGACUGCUACAGGGACAGCUCAGACCAUCAGUGGCUUGGACAGAGUACCCAUUAUGCCUGGAACCCUAUUAGUGUCCAUUUCUGAACUGAUUACCUACUGAUAAAUGCUGGAAGCCCAGUGUGAAGUCAAGGGUGGCUCAGUCAUAGAAAAUCAAAUACCCUGGAAUCAUCUCUAAUCAAUGCAUUCACCAAGUCUGUUUCUGGCUGCAUAAAUGGACUGCGCACAAUUUCACUGAUAGAAAUAUCAUAUCUCAUUGAGGCAGGACAUUGGGUUGUUUGUAAAGAACUUGGUGGUCCAGCUCUAAACCCACAUCAAUGGACAUGGCUGUCUUCAGUGGCAGCCAGGAGACUUUGGUGGAAACGCUCACUCGAUUGACAGUUGAUUGUUUGGGAUAUUUGGACAGUCAUCAGGGAAUUUGAUUAAUGAUUCAAUGAAAAAGAACAAGAUUCAGCUCUUAGAAUUCAAUGAGAUAUGCUGAGGAACAGCUUGUCUAUGGUGCAGGGUCAGUCUGCAGAAGGACCUGUCAUAAGGGGUUGUUCCAGGACACCAAGCAGCCGGCAGACGAAGCAAUCUAUGAGAAAGACUUCCUUGUUUAGACUUGUGUUGCUACUAGUGUAUAUGUGACAAAACCACAGAUAACAAAAUAAAGCCAGAGCCACAGAAGCAACUUGUGUCUAUGGCACACAGGACCCAGCACUACAGGAACAAA